AUGGACGAUGCAGAACUUAUUAAAAAAGCCGCAAGAUUAUUAAAAGGAGAGACAUUAACAAAGGAACAAAAGAACUUGUAUACAUUGCAUGCCAAAAAAAAGCAUAGAAUAAAACGUUUAAAAAUUCAUGUAUAUAAAAAAAAUGAACAAUGGAGUAUUGAUUUAGCAGAUUUAAACUCAUUGUCAGGGUAUAAUAAUCAAUAUCGUUAUUUGCUUGUGUGUAUUGAUGUGGGGACACGUUUUGCUUUUGUGAAAUUACUAAAAACAAAAACGGCCAAAAAUGUUGCGGCUAAAUUUGAAGAGAUUAUUCUUGAAAAUGGUUCGCCUGAAAAAAUACAAGCCGAUGAGGGAACAGAAUUCAAUAAUAUCAAAAAAAUUCUUGCCCCUAAAUAUAAUUUUACACUAUUUCAUACACAAAAUCGUGAUAUAAAAGCUGCACAUGCAGAAAGAUUUAUUGAAACUAUCAAGAACAUGAUUCAAAGUACGCUGACUAUGUUUUCAAGCUAUCGAUUUAUUAAAUAUCUUCCGCUUAUUGUCGAAAGAUAUAACGAGGCACCACAUCGGGGUGUUUACGGGUUAAAGCCUGUUGACUUGUACAAGAAUGAAAAAAUGCCCGCAUUUUUAAAGUUUAAAAUCCUAAAAAAUUACUUAUCGGGUUCACAUCCAACCACAAGUUUGUUACGUACAGGUCAAACCGUACGUAUUGCGAGACUUAAAAUAACAUUUUUGAAAAAUCCAGCUUAA